UAUUGUUGUGAGCCGGGACUGCAGAGUGCAAAAGUGCAGCUUUCUUCACAUUUAAAUGUCCUAGAGAUCAUAAAUAAAACGCCGUGAACUUCUAAACAAAUAUUCCUCAAUGGGAGGGAGCGAUUCUGACAGCAGAUCCAGGAGCAGAAACAGAGAAGAAAACAAAUCCCGCAGUUUAUCAUCCUCGAGCGCCAGGAGACCCAGUCCAAACCAUGAGAAGAAACAUGAGCAUUCAUCUGAGAAGAAAAAGAUGAAGAGAAGAAGAUCCUCCAGUUCUUCGUCUUUAAGCUCUCCUUCACCAUCCAGAGAGAAGAAGUCCAAGAAGAAGAAGAAGCGGCGAGAAGCGAAGAAACUCAAGCGCGAGAAGAAAAAGGAGAAGAAGGAGAAGAAGCGUCAGAAGAAGCUGGCGCUGAAAGCGGAGCGAGCAGCAGCGCUGACGGCUUCAGUUCCUGCUCCAGUUCCUGAAGAAAAGCCUCAAACAUACCUGAAGACCUGGCAGAGCGAAGAAACUAAAGAGCACGGCCCUGCCAUGACUGAUGAACAGAAGGCCAAACUCAGCACCAGGAGGCCGCUGACGAAGGAGGAAUACGAGGCCAGACAGAGCGUCAUCCGCCGAGUGCUGGACCCAGAGACAGGCCGCACCAGGCUUAUAAGAGGCGAUGGGGAGAUUUUAGAAGAAAUCGUCAGCAAGGAGCGACACAAAGACAUCAACAAGCAAGCCACAAGAGGGGAUGGAGAUGCCUUCCAGAAGAGACUGGGGAUCAGUAGGUAGCGAGGUGCUACAUUGAAGACCAGUCCAGACCCUCUCCUGCAUUUCUCCAACAAAAAUUCAGUAGUUUUUUAGUAGUUAUUUUUUUUAUUCCACUCCCUUCAUUAAAUGUCAUUAGAAGAUGCUUGCAGAAAUGCAUUAGGCUCUCGGAUGUUGUACAGAAUUAAGUACACUCACUAAAGUUAAUGAACCUCAUUCAGUUCAUCCAACAGUUUACAGAUUUAACAGAAACAUGUCUAAAUCUGUGUCAUAUAUGUCAGUAAGUGUGGAAAGACUUUCUUAAUGGCUAAUUUAUUUGUAAAUAAGGUCAUUUGCUGUCUGAAAGUGUUCAUUAAACCAUCUUAAACAUCA